AAACACUAUUCCCAAUGAAUGCCUGAUUUCCACGUGUUUUUCAACACUUAUUCAUUUCAUUGUGUUUUGCAUUUGAAUUGAGUCUCAAAUGAUUUAAUUAUUGGAUUUAUUCAUCAAAAUAAUGUCGACCCAAUUGGUGGUACUCUUCGAGCACGCGUCAGGUUAUGGGCUCUUUCGGGUGAAAGAUGCCGAAGACGUGUCGAAGUUUGUGCCACACGUGCAGUCCAUCCAAACGGAUCCCAUUAAGUUUCAAUCAAUCGUUGAAUUGAUUGCUUUCUCGCCAUUCAAAUCGGGAACCAAUGCUUUGGAUAACAUAAACAGUAUAUCUGAAGGUAUAGUACACGAAGAUCUGCACCUCUUUCUGGAGACCAAUGUUCCGAAGUCUAGCAAAAAGGCGAAAGUGGUGUUAGGAGUGGCCGACUCUCGCAUCGGGGCAUCCAUUCAAGAGGUGUUGGGCUAUAGCUGUCAACACACAGAAGUGGUGCCGGAAGUGAUUCGCGGCAUUCGCUAU